UUCACGCCGCUUGUCUCGCUCGACAUCCACCAAAAAACGCGUACCGGUGCUUCUAAUAUGGUUUUUUAAUAUUCAAUUUUAGUCGUGAUAAAUUGAGUUAGUUUUUUUUUUUUUAACUCUAUUCAGUGAUUUUUUGUUUAACAACAUGCGACUCUCAGUGAUGGUGAUCGCGAUCAUGGUCGCUGUCGCGAUCGUGGCCGGGGCCGAAGACAAGAACCGUGGAAAACGGCAACAAGUGUACUUUACAAGAAGGGCAGGCAGACCACCACCUUAUGCGGUGCAAAUGGAGCCGAUAGUCCAGUACUCUCAGCGCGACCCGCUUUACAACCCCCUUGCGAGCUCCAAGAGCGACGACGAUUUUUACCACGACGAAACACUGGGUCACGCCCCGGGUUCUUACGGCUCAGACCCAGAGCCGAUUAUCGAGAUAAUCAUCAAGGAGUCGAAUGAAUCCUUGCCGACCUCUCUUCCACCGGUGUUGCCAACGACCAAGCCCACUAAGGAGCCCAUACAGGUGUUUUACGUAAAGUACGAGAAGAAAGACCAGGGGAACGGCAAGUCCAAAGUUAUCUACGAGAAACCAGUACCCGCUUUGACGCCCCACGAAGACCACGAAGAAAUAAAGUCCGACAAUCAGUUGACCGAAAAAACUGAGUACGUUACCCAGAGUCCGCUGCUGAGCGAGCCGUCGACGACUUUAAGGGCAAUUAUCAGACCUGACAGCGAAGUUUACCAUUCUGACGGCAGUGGGAUCAAGAUAACUUUCGGCUCUGAUAAACUCCCGCCCAAUAAUCAUAACAAGAGAAGUGAUAGGGACAAUCCCAAUGCUCACCCUCAGUUGUAUUUAAAUUCGUUUUCUCCUUCGCCGGCAAUUUCGCCUAAUAAGAGACCGUUCGGUCAGUUUCCGGCGAUUCAAUCCAAUCAUCGGUUGCCGCAGUCUCCUGUAACAUUUCCUCAGCAAAGAAUAACUUCGUUUCCCCAACAUCAACAGCAACAACAACAACAUCAACAUCAACAUCAACAUCAAACACCGCAGCAACAACUCCCACCGAAUUUCUCGCAGCCUCAAUUCCAAUCACCGCCGCUAAUUAACGUGCAACGCCAGCAACAAAGACCGGCUAUUACUAUUCAAGGCCUGCCGGAAGUUCAGCAGCGAUUUACUUUUCAAUCGUUCGGCUCUCCAGCACACGGUAUCAGAAUAAAUCAUCCACAACAACCGGGCUUCCCACCGGCUGUUUCUGUUUCACAUCAGAGUUUGCACUUGCAAAAUCAGCCCCACUUUUCUUCUGGACAGAGUUACUCCAAUAACGAGCAAUCGCAGUCGCAGCAGAGGUACCAGCAGCAACAACAUCAGCACCAGUUGAUUUAUAAACAGGAACAGGAUAAAAAGUAUCAAGAGUUGAAACAAAGGGACCACUUUCGGCAGCAAGAACUUCAGAGGCAGCAGGAGCAGCAAAGACAGCAGGAGCAGCAACGACAGCAGGAGCAGCAACGACAGCAAGAACAGCAAAGACAGCAAGAACAACAGUUCCAAGAACGACAGAGGCAACAGCUUGAACAGCAGAGGCUUAAACAGCAGGAGACCAAAAUUAGAGAGUUUAAUCAACAGCAAGUUAAUUACAACAGAGUUCAGCAGCAUCAACAGCAACUACGACAACAACAGCAGCAAAUUCAACAACAGCAGCAGCAAAUUCAACAGCAGCAACAGCAGCAAGAAAAACAAUCGGAAAUUUUGAGAGCAGUGCCAAAAUUAGAACAGCAUUAUGCAAUCAGAGAAAAUCCUCUUCAUCCAGGGCCUUUUCCGCCCAAUCCACAACAAGUACAUCCAACACAGUUCUCUCAGACGACUCAAAACAGCUUUUCAACUCGCCAACAACCUACUGCAAUAACUAUUCAGAAACAAACACUGCUAAGUCAGACCAGCGGUUACAUUCCCAAGACAAACAGCCAAACCCCGGCUCCAAAGUUCCCUAAUCAAAGUCAAAAGGAUGGAUUCAACUUUGGCCAAAACAUCCAGUCUCAGCAGCCGUCGUCUCAGUACCAAUCGAUCUGGGGCCAGCCGAUCAUCAAAGAUCCUAAGCAGAAAAUCUUCGCAACUCCUCUGCCAAAAACCGAAAACUCGCUCGGACCGUCAAUCCCGAGAUUCGCAGCAGCUUCUCCUUUGCUUCAGCCUACGCCCACAACUCCCACAACGACCACGACUCAACCCACCACAGCAGCUCCAACCACAACGACACCCAGCCCGAAAAACGAGGCGAAAAUCCAGCAGAACAUUGCGAAUUUGCCGGAUGAAGUGCCGGACGAUAUUAGAGAUCAGUUGUUAAGUUCUGGAAUCUUGGGAAACGCGGAUAUUCAAGUUCUUGAUUACGACAAGGUCGGAGAUAUCCCGAUCGAGAAUUUGCCGCCUGAGGCGCUCGCCAAUUUCUACGGUGCCGGAGGUGGUGCUGCUGUGUCUGCCAGCGCGCCGAUUCCGUCGAUCGCUAAGAAACCCAAGAUUAUUGAUGAUGGAAACACCAGUAAUAACAAAAAUAGUUAUAAUAAUAACAACAACAAUGUCGUGAUAAAAUCUAACAAGGCGGUGACAACCACCACCAAAGUUGAACAGGCUACACUUAAGCCCGGAGGUGUGGAAAUGAAAGUAGUACACUUCGACCCCAAUACGGCACAAGGCCAGGCUAUUGCAGAUCAGCACAUACGAGAUGACGCUACUCAUCUCAAACCGGUAAACGUCGUUGCUUCUGGUGAUGAUAACACCCAGUACAAUCGGUACUUGCCGCUGAAAGUAAGCGGGGCGUCUUUUCCGAUCCCCGACGUUCCGGAAUUGAAGGACCGGAAAAUUUCGAGUGUCGUCGUUCUCGCUCCAGUUGACUACAACUUUCGCGACGAAGAACAGAGAUUUGGGAAGAAAAUAAGCGAACCUAUGCCUGCUAAAUUUUUGGCUGGCGACACCUUGAAGCAGUUGAUUAGAAAACCCACCGCGGAAAACUACAAAAAGUGGCUGGAACAAGAAAGCCAGACCGAGCCCCAGAAGCAGUCGGUCGUCUUAUUGGUAACGACGCCGAAAAAUCAAAGCAAAGGAGAUAAAGAAAUAUUCAUGUACGAUGUCAGCACCCAGGCCGUCAGCAAGCUGUCCGGAGAUUUGUCUUCGGCGUUCGUGGAUGCUGCUGAAAGCAAUUCUGAAAGUCCCGAGUCUAUUGACGAUUCGUCUUUUACAUCUUGAUUUGGAUUUGCAUAAUCUGAAAUAGCGUGUAAAAGAUACAUAAUAAUUAUUUAUCCUGACAACUGACGUUGAAUGGCCAUUGAAUAGUAAUUGAGACACAUGUUAAACUCACCGGAUUCAUUUAUUUAGCCAUUCGAAUACAAUGAGAGCUUGUCAAUGUCUACUAGACAUUUUAUUAUCCGCGAUAUUUUAAAAUAUUAUUACCAAGUAUCUGUAAUUGAAUGGAAAGGCGAUUAACACACCACGCCA